AUAUCCUCAAAUUAAUUAAUUAUUACCCUCUGAAAUUUGAAUAAUUAAAUAACUAAUCCUAAACGACCACCUCCUCCGGUUUCACAAUCAAUUACUCUUAUCAAGAUAUAUAUUACAACCGUGUCAGUCCAAAUCCAAAGGAAGCAGUCUCUGCUCUGCAGCACCAACUUCUUGAUUGCUCAAAAUCUAUUUAAGUACGAGGAUUUUUGCCUAAUAAUGAUAUAGAAGAAGAAGCAGGAGGAGGAGGAGGAGGAGGAGACAAAUAAGGGAAAAAAAAAAAAAAAGAAAAGAAAAGAAAAGAAGAAGAAAUGGCUGCUGGUGCUACUACAGUGACUUCCCUUGAAGAAGGGAAGAGUCUUCAAGAAGAACUCACUCUUCCAAUUUUACUUGCGGAUCGGGUGACUAAAGCGGCUAAAGAAGCUGAAUCCUCCAAGCAAGAUUGUUCCCAGAUAGCCGAACAAGUUGAACGCCUCUCUGCUAAGCUACGAUCCACCGUCCGCCGUGCCGCCACCACUCCUUCCAUCUACGACCGCCCUCUCCGCCGUAUCGCUUCCGAUAUUACCAAAAACCUUGAACGUGCUCUUACUCUUGUUCGUAAGUGCAAGCAUAGCGGUGUUCUCCGUCAGGUCUUUUCCAUUACCUCCACUGCUGAUUUUCGCAAGGUCUUCAGUCUUCUUGAAUCUUCUAUCGGAGACAUGGAAUGGCUCUUGUCAAUUUAUGAGCCUGAUGGAGGUACUUAUCUCUCCCUCCCUCCAAUUGCUAGUAACGAUCCUAUUCUCGCUUGGGUCUGGUCUUAUAUAUGCACUAUCCAGAUGGGUCAACCCAAAGACCGCGCCGAUGCAGCUAAUGAGCUCGCUUCUCUAGCAAAGGACAGCGAUAGGAACAAGAAGAUGAUAGUGGAAGAAGGAGGAAUUUUGCCAUUAUUGAAGUUACUUAAAGAAGGCCUGUCUCCUGAAGCACAAAUUGCAGCUGCAAAUGCCCUCUCCAAUAUUGCCACGGACCGAGAGAGAGUUAGGUCUAUUGUGGACUUGCUUGGGGCUCCUAUUAUCGUUGGCGUUUUAGGUGAUUCUCCAAUGAAGGUUCAAAUUGUGGUUGCGAACUUGGUGGCUCGCAUGGCGGAAUUGGAUUCAUAUGCACAAGAAGAGUUCGUGAGAGAGAACGUGAUUCGACCAUUGGUAUUGCUGUUAUCUAUUAACUUGGAUUUGGAAAUUCCUAAUCAUCAGUCUGGUAAAACUAGCAUUCACUCGCUGGUUCAGAUGAACAAAGAAUUAACUUAUAAGAAUAUGAGAAUUAAUCAUAGUCAUUCUUUAAAUUAUCAUUCUGAUAGUAGUAGCCAUGGUAGUUCCCAUUACAAGAAGGAAAGGGAGAUGGAACCGCCUGAAGUGCAGCUUAAGCUUAAGGUUAAUUGUGCAGAGGCAUUGUGGAAAUUGUCUAAAGGGAGUUUAUCAAACAGUAAGAAAAUUACAGAGACUAAAGGGCUGCUUUGUUUGGCUAAAAUUAUUGAAAAGGAGAAAGGGAAAUUGCAGUUAAAUUGUUUGAUGACUGUUAUGGAAAUCACAGAAGUGGCAGAGUCCAAUGCUGACCUUAGGCGUUCAUCUUUUAAAACCAAUUGGCCUCCUGCUAUGGCAAUUUUAGAUCAGCUUUUAAGAAUAAUUAAGGAAGAAGAUGAUAUAAGUUUGCAGAUUCCUGCUAUUCGAUCAAUUGGCUGCUUGGCUCGAACUUUCCCUGCUAGGGAGACUCGAAUAAUUGGUCCUUUAGUUGCUCAUCUAGGUAAUAAUAAUGUGGAUGUGGCAACUGAAGCAGCUAUUGCUUUGGCGAAAUUUGUUUGUCCAGAUAAUUUCAACUGCUUUCUACAUUCCAAAGCAAUUAUAGAGUUUGGUGGGGUUCGAUCUUUGAUCAAACUGAUACGGAGUGGUGAUCGAGCUCAAAUGCAUGGUCUAGUAUUGCUAUGUUAUCUUGCACUCAGUGUUGGUAAUAGCAAGGCUCUUGAACAAGCCAGAGCUUUAAAUGUUCUUACAGGCGCAGCUCGUCAUGUGAUAGCUCAACAUCCUGAGUUGAGGGAUUUGUUUGCCAAGGCUAUACAUCAUCUCACUCUUUAUCAGCAUGGAGCUCAUCAGCAGAUUCAGUCAUUUUAGUAACAUAUCUUGUAUUAAAUUGAAAUCUAGUAUCUUCAAAAGAAACAUUUGUUUAUGAAGAGAUGGUUUUUCCAUGAGCUUGACUGUAAAUUUUCGAAGAUGCACAUGAUUUAAAGGCAUUUUCUUGCCCUAUUUUUAAUGGAUUGCUAAGGUUUUCAUUUUGCUGUUA